AUGCCGUUAAAAGAAGGAUACCACAUCCUUGAAGAGAGUCUAGAUGAGGAAAGCUACCCCCACGAAAAAACCUUGGACGAGACGUUUGAGGAGAUGAAGAAAAUAUCAACCAUGGAUACAUUUUGGAACGCGUGUAACUCCGUUCAAGGGCUUACCAUCUUGGCGAUGCCUCUUGUGACGUCGUUUGGUGGGUACUGGUUUCUUUUUGGCAUUACAGCCAUUGCAGUGCUCUCUAACUAUACCUCAAAAAUCCUCAUUCAGUGCCUCUAUGAGCAAUUUCCUGGUAAAGGUCGAACACGUGUACGUAAUACAUUCGCUGACAUCGGAGAUGCUUUCUGGCCAAAGUACGGAAGACUCAUGGUCGAUGCGACAAAGUUUCUGGAAUUAAUUUUUGUUGCAACUGUGAAUCCAAUAGCUUGUGGGGAGGCCAUUUAUUACAUCGUUCCUUACCUUCCCGUUGGAAAGCAGCUUUGGAUCCUCAUUUUCGGCCUGGCUAUGAUUCCCAACGUUUUCCUGAGCUCUGUGAAAUUACUUUCCAAGAUCAGCAUGCUUACCAUAUUUUUUGCCCUGACAAACUUCUCCAUCAUAGUUGCUUAUUGCUUGGGUCAUAGCGCUUCCUGGAAAGCGGAGGAUUUGCAAGUUUUCGACCCUGUCCGGUUUCCCCUGGCACUCGGAGUAGUUUUGGCCAGCUUCUCGUCUCAAAUUUACCUGACCGUGCUGGAGGGAAACAUGCGAUGUCCUGAAAAGUUCAACGCCGUCAUCAACUACGCUUAUAUCGCUAUGACUGCGCUAAAGAUCGGCGUUGGAGCAUUUGGUUAUUUGACCUUCUCAGGCAGUGUCAGUGACAUGGUGUCCAACAACCUUCCACUUGGACUCUAUCGCAUCACUGUGAACAUUGUGAUAACCGUCCUGUCCUUUUCAGGUUAUUCCCUCCCUAUGUUUGCGGUGUUCGACAUGGUGGAGAAGUCAGCCCCCCGGUAUUUGACCGCCAGAUUUCUAAACCAGGAUGGACACCGACCUAAUCGUCCGUGUGUGGUGUUGUUGCGUUUCGUGCUGACAUCAAUCACCAUCCUGAUGGCAGUUAUUAUUCCGCACUUCACUCUUUUUGCUGCAUUUAUUGGAAGUGGUACAGGUACUGCGAUAGCGCUGGUUUUUCCUUCCGUUUUCUACGUAAAAAUUUUUUACUGGGAGUUAAGGUGGUACGAAAUUGUUCUGAACGUUUUCAUCGUAUGUUUUGGGCUGCUCAUGGCAGCUUGUGGAAUGGUUUCUACAGGACAACAGCUGUACCUAACCUUCUCCACGAAAGACGUGGAUUUCUAA